UAUUAUCUCGUUGUAGUUCAAACAGAUCACACGAUCGCAAAAAGUGAAAAAAAACAACAAAAAAAAAAGUGUAACAAAAUCGAAACAGUUGUAUGAAAAAAAUUAUAGAAAACAUUACAAUUUCUUUAGAAACUUAGUGAAAAUUUGAUAAGAUUUUCAGUGAAAACAACAAAUACAAUGUUACACGGACUUACAGCGGUUAUUUUAAUAUUAGUAACAUCCCAUGUAAACGGUGAUUCUAUAUACGAGACAUAUGUUCCGUCCAGAUCCGGUGGUGAUACAACUGAUAUCAGGCAACAUCAUCCACCAUCGAUGUUGUGUUUGAAUAUUAAACCUCAACAUUCUGUGGAUAUAAAACAAAUAACUGGUAACUGGUAUGGUAAUGAAAUCAUAAUGCAUACACAAGAUAUACCAGGCGUAUAUCGUUACGAUAGUUGUGUGAUGAUAAAUUUAAAUGAUGUCACAGAUCAAAUGCGUGAUUAUUAUCAGCCGACUAGUUACAGAAGAGUAGACACUAUGGCAGCAGCAUCAACAUCAUCGUCAUCAUCAUCAUCAUCACAAUCGAAUGGACAGCAGCAGUACGAUGUGACUGCCAACUCGAGACACUCACAUUUAAACACCAGAUAUUUACGUUUGAUUUGGAGCGAAAAAGAUGACAACAUUGAGUAUAAUUUCAAUUAUACCAUGAAUCAUCCGGGUCUCUGGACAAAUGUUGGCGAGCAGCGUGGUUCAAUGGUGGCCCUUAAUAAAUACAGUCAAUUCACCGGCACCGUACAGGUGGUAAAAGCCGUUAGCGAUCAUUUGGUAUUGACAUUCUGUUCGAGUGAUUUACAUCACAGCAUUUAUACGAUUGUGUUGAGUCGAGAGCCCCAGGGAUUGAGUCAAGAUAUCAUACGCAGUAUAAGAAAUUUGCUGUCAAGACGUGGUCUUUAUACUGAAUCCAUACGACAAGUCUGUAUGAAAUCAUCUGCCUUUACACAGAGAUCAUCAUUAAGCACAGCUCUAUUAUUAUUAGUUUCAAUUUGCAUAUUAAGAAAAUUAUUUUAUUGAGAAGAAGAAAAUACCGGAUGGACAUGAAAUGAAUUGAUGAGAAAUGAAAUGAAAUGAUCUUUGUACUAUGGCGUUCUUUUAAUUUUUUGUAUUUUACCCUUAGAAAUAACUACAUACAAACAUAAUUUUAAGAAUCCAUUCCCUUCUAAUUGUAAAGUCUUACUCAUAAUACAUACUUUUAAUCCGUUACAAUUUGUAUAAAAAAAAAUGGCAAAAUAAAACUGUUUUCUAUUUAAUUAUUCUAUUAGGAUGAUGUUGUGUGA